GUCUGACACUCCGAGGAGUCGUACUCAACUUAGAUUGAUACAUACAUGUAUGGAUGACUUCGUGACCGCAAUAAAGGUGCGAGAUUAGAUCUUUUAUAAACUGUAACUACACACCCCAGGCUCACGCGGGCUUUUCACCAUGAAGUACUUCACGCUCAUAAUGAUUUCUGUGAUGGCACUGCCUGCUUGUAUGGAAGCGAUCCAUGGGAUAUACCCGUUCGGGCAAUCCGAAUUAUUCCACAAGAAGAGCAACUGCAAACCUAUUCCGGUCAAUCUCCAACUGUGCCACGACAUAGAGUACACGGACAUGAGACUGCCGAACCUUCUGGGACACGAGACCAUGAAUGAAGUUCUCCAGCAAGCAUCGUCUUGGAUCCCGCUAGUGCAGAAACAGUGCCAUCCAGACACUAGAAAGUUCCUUUGCUCUCUCUUCUCCCCGGUGUGUCUGGACGAUUUGGACGAGCUCAUUCAACCUUGCAGAUCGCUGUGUGAGAGCGUAAGAAACGGAUGCGAGCCGGUUAUGUCCGUUUUUGGCUUCCCGUGGCCAGACAUGCUAGAUUGCGAUCGUUUCCCGGCGGACAACGAACUUUGUAUACCUCCAGCCAACUUCGACAGUUUUGAACCAGUCACCCGAGAAGUGCCCAGGGUGUGUGAGCCUUGCCAGGAAAAAGAGGAAAACGACAAUGAAAUUGUUGACAACCUUUGCAAGAACGAUUUUGCGUUGAAGAUCAAAGUGAAGGAGAUCUCUUACAUGAACGGUGACACCAAAAUCAUACCCGAAAACAAAAUGAGGACGAUUUACAAGCUGAAGGGGGUAACAGAGCGGGACCUAAAGAAGACGGUGUUGUGGCUUAAGGACGGCUUUAAAUGCACCUGCGACGAGAUGACUGACUUCAGCACCGCCUAUCUGGUGAUGGGCCAGAAGAUGGACGGACACCUGGUCAUCACCUCCGUCAAGAGAUGGCAGCCUGGCCAGAAAGAGUUCAGAAGGAUUUCGCGGAGCAUUCGCAGAAUGCAGUGUUAGUGCAUCACCAAGAUUCCCACUCUUCAUCCCAACAGUAUCAUAUCCAGUUUAUUAAACAAAUCCUACAAUAUCCAUGGUUAAAUAAUCAGAUUCCACCUUUUUUGUCGACUUCGCUAUUUCUCCAACACGGUUUUCUACGAAUAGAUUAAUAGAUCUAAUCUCAUGGAACACCUGCCUUUUUUAUCUGUAUUUAAACCACGUAUUCCCAGUUUUCCACCCAAAUACAUACUUAAGUUACGUUACAUUUUAAUCGUUUGCGCAAUUUGCUUUUACUUUUUGAGCCUCGAAACUGCACUGCUUUCAUAGUUCUUAUUGCGUUGCAGUAUGUUUACAUUUCAAUUUAACAGCAGAACCAUGAUUGUUUGUGUUUAAUGCCAUUCAGAAGACAGACAUGUCUUUCAGCCUUGUAAGAUAAUUCUUAUGUAAAUAUUACGAUAAACAUUUUAUUCGUGUAAAUACCUAAAAUAGUUUUAGUCAGAACAUGUUUUUAUAAAGCUGAUGGACUAAAUUUAGACUAACAGCUGGAUGCAACCAAAGUUUCUCGUACUCCUACACGGAUUUAUUUACACUUUUCAUGUAGUACAGCCUGUGAUGGUGCAGUUAACCUACCAACUUUGUACACAUCAGUAAUCGUUUGUUCUUUUCUUAUAUUCUGCCUUUAAAGAAAAAUAAACGGCAAAUUAUGCAGCCCCGUGUAAA